AUGCAGAACAUAGGAAAGGGCUGGGCUGCAAGCGCCAAGGCUCAACUGACGUCACUUCCUUCGGCACACCCGCUGGUGGUCCUCUCGGCUUUGGCUCUCACCGUCGGCACUCUGGGGCGGACCCUCAUCUACCGCCGCUACGUCCUGCCGUCGCUCAAGGAUGCGACCCAUGUCGGUCUCACUGUCGCCGUUCCGGGUGAUGAUCCGCCUGCGUCACCAGACGGUCGUGCUCGUCGCGCCCGUCGCCGGGCAGACUCGGGCACGUCGGCGUCGCCGCUGGCGAGUGCCGCCGCCAUCAGACCCUCGAUCUCCUUCUCGCUCGAUGAUCCUGAGGUCUCCGACGCAGAGGGUGUGGCCGAUGAGGAGGCUGUGGCGCUGGUCCUCGACGAGUUAGUGGCCCAGCGGCGGGAAAUCGGGUUUGAUGACGUCUCGCCCACGCCGGGGCCGUGGUACACGCCCGGCCCGGUCGGCGUCGGCGACGAGUGGAUCUUGCCCGAGGGCAUGGACCGCGAGCAGGCCGCCGGCCUUGGCCUCUCCGCCAUUCGCUCGCUCUCGUCGUCGGCAAUUGCCCACGAUGCGCUCGGGUGCACGGUUGCCGGCCGGCAAGACGCCCUGGCCGCCAUCCGCGCCGAGAACAUGGGCCCGCUCGCCGCACUGCUGGCGUCGGACCCACUCCUCGCCGCGCUUGCACCCGAAGAGCUGAGCGCCCUGGUCGCCGCCGGUACGUUUGAGACCUUUGAGCCUGGUGAGAGCGUGUGGUCUAUCGGCGAUCCCGACGAAGACCUCUGCCUCAUGCUCUCGGGCUCGAUCGUCAUCAGCUCGGGCGGCGAGCUGCUCCGGACAGCAUCGGCCGGGGAGAUCAUCACGUCGAUCAUGUCGGUGCUGGAGGCUCUUGCCGGCGUGCCCUCGGUCUUCAAGACCAUCACCGCCCGUGCCGACGCCACCGACGGCGCGUCGCUCCUCCGCAUUCCGGCAGCAGCCUUUCGCGCCGUCACCGAGUCGAACGCCUCGGUCCUCCCGCAGCUGCUCGAGGUCAUCCUGCUCAAGCUCUCCAAGGUCACCUUCCUCACCAUGUACGCCUACCUCGGGCUCACCACCGAGCUUGUCGCGCCGCAGCUGCCCGGCGAGUCGGGCCCGGAGACAAAGGCUGAGUUUGGCGACGAGUCGGUCGCUGAUGCACCGGGCGACAGCCGCGACGACAACGACGACGACCAGUCUGUGGCGUCGUCGGCGGCGUCGUCCGAGGCCGCGCUGAUCUUUGACGACGUGGCUGUGCAGCUGGCCGAAGCCUUGGGCAUCGCGCCAGACUCGGAGGCGGCUCGUGACCUCAAGCGAAACCUGGUGCUCAAGCAGGCAGGGCCGGGCAAGGUCGUCCUCAAGCGCGGUUCUAACGAGACCGAGCUCUGCCUCAUUGUCUCCGGCUCGCUGACGGUGUGCAUGGUCUCGCUCGAGGGCGCGCACGUCGAGCUGUACUCGGCCGAGCGCGGCGAGCUGUGCGGGCAGCUUGCGGUGCUGACACGCGAGCCGUCGCUUGUGCACGCGUACACCCGCGACGGGUGCGUUGUGGCCAUGGUCUCGCGCUCGCUCUUCUGGUCGCUUGUCGAUACUGCGCCGACGGUGCUGCAGCACCUGGCGGUCGACGUUCUCCGCCGGCUCUCGCCGCUAGUCCGCUGUCUCGACUUUGCGCUCGACUGGAUUCACGUCCGGUCGGGGCAGUGGCUCUACACCCACGGCGAGCCUGCCGAUGCCAUUUACAUUGUGCUCUCGGGCCGGAUGCGAUCGGUGCCUGCUGGCGAAGAGGCGACACGCGACGCGGUGGCCAUGGAGCAUGGCCGCGGUGAGUCACUCGGCGAGCUGGAGAUGCUUGCCGGCGUGAAACGGACCAAGGCAGCAAUGGCCAUCCGUGACGCGCAGCUGGUCCGAAUCCGCAAAGAGACCUUUGCCUUUAUCUGUGCGCGGUUUCCGGUGCUAGCACUGCGGUUUGCGGGGCGGAUGUCGCGGCUGGCGCUGGCGGCGGUUGACGACGACGCCGCGCCCGAGCCGCUGGCGGCAGCGCCGACGCCGGGCAAGCCACUGGGCGCCCAUGCCCUGCCGCGCCCGGACCAGGCCAACGUGGUGGGGAGGACGAACUCGGUGAAGACCAUCGCCGUUGUGCCGCUUGACCACGGUGUGGCCGGCCCCGAGUUUGUGGCCAACUUUGCGUCUGAGCUCGAGCGGGUUCUUGUCCGCUGCGGCCAUGCACCGACCAACGGCAAGGGCGUGGCAGUCCUUGACGCCGCGAGCGUCUCGAGCCUGGGCACGGUGGCGCGGAUGGCGUCGCCGCACGCGCGGGAGGUUGCACUGAUGGACGCGCUCUCGCGGCUGGAGGACGCACAUGAGUUUGUGCUCUACCGCACGUCGGUCGUCGGCUCGCGGACCGAGCCUUCUGAGCAGGAGUGGCUCCUCCGAGCCUUCCGGCAGGCCGACGUGGUGCUCUUUGUUGGCUCGACCGGCCCGACGCAGAUCCGGUUUGCGGAGCGGAUGUUUGAGGAGCUUGCGCUCUCGUCGCGGUCCGAGCUUGUGCUCAUCCACCCGCCGGCGACGGUGCUGCCGCGCGGGACCCGCGAGUGGCUCGACGCCCGGCCGUGGAUCGACGCCCAUCACCACUGCCGCAAGGGCAACGGCGUGCACAUGGGCCGGCUGGCACGGCGGGUGACCGGCACCGCGCUCGGCCUUGUCCUCGGUGGCGGUGGCGCCAAGGGCCUCUCGCACCUCGGCAUGCUCAAGGAGCUGGAGACACGCGGCUCGGUUGUGGAUGUGCUCGGCGGGACAUCCAUCGGCGCAUGCAUCGGUGCGCUGUAUGCUCAGGAGGAGUCGGCUGCGGCGGCGCUGCGGCGGCUGGAGCCGUUCAACGCGCACAUGGCGUCCAAGUGGCGCAAGCUCUUUGACCUCACGUACCCCGCCACGGCCAUCUUUACUGGGCGGGCCUUCAACCGCGGCCUCAUUGCGCUGCUCGGCCCAGACGCCGACAUCACCGACCUAUGGAUCCCGUUCUUCUGCGUCUCGACCGACCUCACCAAGGGCCGGGUCCGCAUCCACACCGAGGGUGUGCAGUGGCGCUACGUGAGGGCGUCGAUGACGCUCACCGGGUACCUGCCGCCGAUGUGCGACCCGGUCGACGGGUGCACCCUCCUCUGCGACGGUGGCUAUGUCAACAACUGCCCGGCCGACAUCCUCAUCAACCUCCACGCGCCCGGCCGAGUCAUCGCCAUCGACGUCGGCGCCAAGGACACCUCCGAGGUCACCUUUUACGGCGACGAGCUCUCCGGCUGGUGGGUUCUCUGGAAGCGGUGGUUCCCCUUUACCCAGCCGGCGGCCAUCCCGUCCAUGCAAGAGAUCUCGUCCUCGCUCGCCUACGUCACCGGCCGAGUCCACCUCGAAGACCACGUCAUCGGCGCCGCCCACGGCCGGCUCCAGUACUACGCCCCGCCCAUCCAGGGCUUUGCCACUCUCGACUUUGACCGCGCCGACGAGAUCUACCAAGUUGGUCUCGAGUAUGCCCAGCAGCAGGGCCCGGAGUUCUCUUGA